AGCUCGAGCCGACUUCAUUCCGAUUUCAGCGCUCAGUUGAAUCGGACGUGAACAGUGUUUUGCUCUAUCCCGUUGGUGACUCAUCAUUUUUUUAAGUGCAUUGCAUAAGGGGGAAAAAAAGGAAGAAGAAGAAGAAUAACAGCAAGAGCAAAAGGUCACGAGCCCUGCACUUGCCGCAAAAGCCGUCGAAAAGAAUCGAAAAAUAACGCCAUUUUCGCCAACGCCGCCGCCCUCCGUUCUGCAUCGACGACGACGACCACGACGAGUUCGCUCUUCUGCGACGUAAUCGCGCGCACAUUCUACGUCAACCGUCAACAACUACGACUGCGAAUCUACGACGCAAGGCACGCACACGAAUCGUCGAAUUAGCCCCGCAAAAAUGAGCGAACAGAAGGGCACUAGAGUCUACGUGGGCAACCUCACCGAUAAAGUGAAGAAGGAGGAUCUCGAGGGAGAAUUCACCAAGUACGGUAAAUUGAACUCUGUAUGGGUAGCUUUCAAUCCCCCAGGUUUCGCGUUCAUUGAGUUCGAAAACAAAGAGGAAGCCGAAUCGGCCUGCGACAACCUCAACGGCCAGGACAUCCUCGGCUCGAAGCUACGCGUCGAGAUCUCCAAGGGCCGCCGAAGCACUCGGGGCGGAGGUGCCCGCGGAGGGUUCCGUUCCGGCGGUGGCGGCGGCGGCGGCGGUGGGUUCCGCGAUGGUGGAGGUCGCUCCUCCGGGGACUUCCGGUCUAGCUCACGGGGUGGUUUCCGCGAUGGUGGUGGCUUCCGGUCCAGCUCCCGGGGUGGAUUCCGGGACGCUGGCUCCUACCGCAACGGUAGCAGCGGCGGACGGCCAUCCGGUUCCGGCGGUUACAGCCGAGACUCGGGUCGCGAUAGCUACGGUAGCGGCGGCUACGGAGGGCGCAGCAGCGGCGGCGGCGGCGGACGGUUCCGUUCAAGGUCUCCGGUUGGCGCACGUGGUCGCUACUAAGGAAGCAAAACCGGAUAUCUAUAAACUAGCAUUUAAGCUGAUUGAAUUUGUUUUCAUUCGUUCUGCGUGACGCGAUGGUUCUCUUUAUUUCACAAACCCACGAACCAUUUCGCCACGCCCGCAAAGAAUGAGUGCAUCUGUUCAAGCACUGUAUCUUAUUUAUUUAACACUGGCAACGAUUCAAUGUAGAUUUUUUUGUUUGCUUUCGGCACCGAGUAAACUCUCUCGCAAAAUUUUAGUUUAACAACAUCUCCAAAAGAAAAAUCCUACACCAAAAGCGAGUUGCAACGUAUGCGAGAUGAUUUGACAACGCGCCAAAAAGGAAAGCAUCAACUUUGUACUGUUUUAUAUGUGUUUUAAUAUAUAAAAUGGCAGCGAGGGGGCGCAAAUUGUGCGCGUCUUCCCGCGUAACUAAAUUUAGUGUUACUUUGUGUUAAACAUGUAUAAAUCAGCAAAAAUGACCUGAAAGAAAAGAAAAACUGAAAACGUCGCCAAAUUUAAAAACAAAAUGUCCACGAUUGUGAAAAUCCCCCACUAAACAAAGCAAAGAUUCGGCAACGCGUGGUGCAAUAUCUUCUGAAGACAGUAAAGACAAAAAAAUCAAACGAAAAGUAAGAGAUUAUCGCGAAAAGAGUCAUCUCCCUUUUUAUGGUCAUGUUCGCGAGUGGGAGGACACGGGCCACCAUACCUAGACGUCACACUAAACCACCAGUCACCUAACUCACACACACACACACUACUGGAACCUAUUUUGAGCAAAACAAAGAUAACAAAAAACAGACAUUUUAAAUCUUAGUCGUAUUAAGAACUUCUAAGCAUAGAUGACAUAAAUAAAAAGAGUAACAAUUACAGUCAACACA